AUAUUUGUCUUUGUGAUUUUGUAAUUUAGAGGAAGAGAUGAAGAUGUCGGUAUCUUAUGACGAGUACGAUAAGGCCCUUGUGGAACAGUGUGCAUUUAACAUCGCUGCCAUGGCAACAGUGGUGGAAACGAAUUUCGAUUACUACGCUCAGGAUGACUUUAGAGUUCGAAAACCAGACAUUUUGAUAGAGACUGAGGGAGACUUUGUUGAAGGUCAGGAGUUUACUGUCCAGGCUCGCCUGAAAAACCCUCUUCCCAAACCUUUAACUAAACCUAUGUUUGUUCUUGAAGGUCCAGGACUUAGCCAGCCAAUCAAAAUGCCACUAAAAGGAAAUGUUCUACCCGAGGCAGAGACUCAAGUAAGCUGUAAGCUAACACCAAAAACAUCUGGGGAGAAAACCAUCGUGGCUAAGUUCCAGUCCAGAGAGUUGGAGGACGUGGAUGGAUUCAAAGUCAUCCAUGUUAGACCCAAGACGGAUUCGACUAAUAAACCAGAAAGCAAUAACUGAAAUGUGGCCUUUGAACGACGUCGAUGAUAAUUGUUUGGCAGGAUAGCAUUCACACAUUACUGGUACCCUUGGUGGACUCUUUUUAACAUGCUCGACCACAUACACAUUUAUUAAGCUUUACCCACAUUUCAACUAUAGGACGUUCAGUUGGAAGGGAAGGUCUUUUUGUUUAUUAUUAUUAUUAAUUAUAACGACCAAGAUAUGCAAUGCACUGCCAAGCAGCGAGUUUUGUUUGUUUUUUACAAGAGCUUCGCUGACGAUCCUCUUAACAGUCAAAAUUUAAUAAACAAAAAUAAUACCAAAGCAUUUCGAAUUUAAAACCACCCAUUGAAUCUAAAGCAUUAAAUAACCACGAAGGUGUAAUUGUAGUUUUUUGUAUGUCAACCAUUAAACAGGCCUUGAACCUUCAUUAGGUGUUCAAGAAAAAGUUUUGUUACACAUUUCUUAACAAUGGGAGGGUUAUUCACUUCGUAUUUCAUAUAGAUGUCGUUGUACGUGUUUACUGACCAAGGUGAUGGAAAUUAAAAUAUAAAAUAAAAUAACGAGCGUUUAAGCUAAAAAGCUACACUGUUAAAAUAAAUGCCUUGAUGUGAAAGAUUGCUUUGUAAUAUUCUAUAUUUUUAGCUCGAAAAUAUUUGCAUGUCUAAUUGUGUUUGAACUAGCUUAAAAAUAAUUGUGCAGGACUAGAGUCCGUCUUUGUGAAGUAAAUGAGGUUAUUGGAAUAAUAAAAUUGAAAUAUCGGUGUUCUUAUUAAAAUAUUUACAAGGAAAUUCGAACAGUGGAACUACUUAGGUAAUGUCGUUUCUAUAACUUAUAUUAUGUCAGCUAAAAUUGCUUCUUAAAACUAUUGACUUUAAAGUAAUAACUUUAAGUGGUUUGAAAUAGGAACUUUUAUCUGAGCGUCUAUGGUUGCGAUUUGAUUCUGUACGAGUGUCCUUGCUAUUUAAAAGAUCAUAUUUUUGUAACGCAAAUAACGUAAUCUUCAUUACGUAGAUCAUUUGCAUGGAUAUAAAAUAAACUACAGAUGGCAUUACUUUGUGAGGUUGGAAAUUAAAAUGUUCGUGUUUUUCUUGUGUUCAGGUUGAUAAGUGGUUUAAUAAGGUAGACAAAUUCAUAUUGUUUGCCUGAUGGUUGUUUUUAUUGUUUGUACUUCUUUAUUUGGUUCUUCUGAAACGUUGCUGAAGAGCUAAAAACUUAAAAAUAAAUACUGUCAUAUUGUUGAAACAAUGUUUCGUUCUUUGCACUUUUUUUUUCUAUAACACUGUCAAUGAAUUAAAAGUUUAAAAUGUAAAUGACGCCAUAUUAUUUAAACAUAGUAAGUGUUGUAUUAGUCGACAAUCCAUAUGUUUCAAAUAUAACUGUUUGUACUUUCUUACCUGUUUUUUUUUUUUAAUGUUGAUGAGCUCUAAUUUUGUUGCUAACUCUGUUGCUUAAAUGUUUUGAUUCAAUAAACUUGAUAUUUUGUUGGUAUGAAGCACCGAUUUAGGUAAAGUUAAUUUGGAAAUGAGCGAUGCCCGAACAAUUUGAGAAUUCUUUAACAAAUUAGCUAGUAUUUAGACAGUCUUUCAUGUUCCCUCGUGUGAAGAUGUACUUGAUAGAUAAAAAUAAAAGCAAAACAAAAAAGCAUUUCACGGUCAUUAGAUAUACUUUACAAUUUAUCUAGAGAAAAAGAAAAAAGAAAUCGUUUGAUUAGUAAUUUACCCAUGGAAAUUCACAUGCAACUGUGGCAACGCGAAAAAAAAAAUGCAUAUUCUGUUCUGAACGAUAUUCGUGUCAGUUUUUCAAGUAAAUCCAUGAAGUCACUCGUAAAAACUGCCAAGCCGCUCUGAUUCCCCACUUAGAGGUUCGAUGUGGAAAUAUCAAAAAUCCAAACAUUGAUACAUAUAUUUCACGAUCCAUCCUCUGACGUUCAUGUCAAUUUUCAUGUAAAUCCGUUGGUUCCAGCCCUGAGAGCCCUAGAUCACCUUGGCCCUUAUAUAUGAGCUUACAGUUAAUCACUUCCAAAGUCUGAAUGUAGAUUAUUGCUUUGAACGGCUUCCUGCAUGUUAAUAUUAAUUUUCAAAUAAAUGAGAUCAUUCGAACUUGAGAACCUGGCGUCCAUUUUGGAGCUUCUUUUUUUUUUCUUCGCUUUGUUAGAAAUUGUCAAAUGAGUUCCAUAAUCAAGUCAACGUAGAUAAAAACUUAGAUACAACUGAAAAAUGCUGUAUAUACUAAAAAAAAAAAAGAUAUAAUGCAAGCUCUUUGGAAAGUGAACUCGUAAACAAACAUGAGUGGCAAAAGUAUAUUCAAAGUGCAGAAAAAUAGAAAAAAUGGCAUUGAAACUUUAUGAUGUUACUUCAAUCGUAAUUAAAACAAGAGAUUUUGCAUUUUUAUUAAAGGUAUGGAAAAUUGAAAACGUUUUUAUUCCGAGUUUGCUUGUAAAGAAGUAUUUUGAACUUUUUUUUGUGUUACAUUUGCAUCGAAAGGCAACUAUUUAGGUGAAAAUUAUUUUUGCCUAAUUUUUGUGCCAAACUGUUCAAUAAAAGACUCGUUUUCUGUUUUAA